AGGAUUACAUUCAUUUUAUGAGAGCCAUUAAACAGGAAAUGUGGCAGGAUAUAUUCUUGUUAACUAUACCUUUAUAUGGCAACCUACAUAAAGAAAAGUGGGUUUAGUAAUUUACCUCAUUCUAAUUCCCUAUCUGUUUUCCUUUUUAAAAUACCAAGCCUGUCUCUAAGGCAUCAAAUAUCCAUGCUGUGAAGACAUAUGGUGAAUGUGGUGAGCAGGGUAUGAGCCAGGUUAAAGCUUCUUUAAUAGAUAUGGUUCCUUGAAGUGUGUCGGAGUGGUUAAAUCGUAUCUUAAUCUCUGUAAGAAACUACAUAAUACCAUUACAUUCACUGGAUAUGCAUUCAUACCAACAAUAAUAUACAGAAAAUAAAAAUUAUAGAAAAAUUAUAGAACAAAAAACCCUAGACCCUAGCCUCUUCAAAAUAGCCACAUUUUGCAGCUAUAACUGCCAAACAAAUACUAUUCAUUCUAUCAAGUAAGGAUUCCAAAUAGUUUACUCCAGAACUAUUGAAGAAGUGUCCACAGAGGAUCAGCACUGGCUGGUUGUCUUGCCUUAAUCUUUCUGUCAAGUUCGUCCCAUACUAACUCCAUAGGGUUAAGGUCGGGUGACUGUGUGGUCAUCAUUUUCAGCUUUCCUUCUUGUUCUGUUUUCUUCAAAGCUUAGAUGUGUGUUUCGAAUCAUUGUCCUGUUGUAGUACGAAGGACUGUCCAACUAGUCUCAAGUCAGAUAGUAUGGCAUGUCUCUGGAGAAUACUAUGGAGUAACCCUCUUUAGAUCACCAACUCUAGAGCCUGCAAAACACGCCAUACUAUAACAUGUAUAUUUUCAUAUUUUCAGUACAAUAUUUGCUUAAUUUUGUAAUAUAUAUAAAAAACACGGGGUGUCCAAAAACAUUUGACCGGUUGUGUAAAUGAUAUGAUAAUCCUACAGUUUUCAGAACUAGUGUGAUAUGGUACAUUUAGAUUUUGCUUAACAAGUUUCUCAUGAGGGGACUGCAAGUAAUCAUCACAGUCAUGUAACUAUCUCUUUAACCUUCUCUUAACUGACUCUUAACUGACUCUUAACUGACUCUUAACUGACUAACUCUCUGGCUAUGAUUUUAUAAUUUGACUGUAGGGAUUUAGAUUUACGCAUGCUGUACAUAAUAAAACUGGGCUCCACCAAUCAUUCUUAUUUCUCUGUCUAAUAUGCUGUAAACUCUAAUUUACUCUUUUAUUACCUUGCUUUCGCUUGCACUACCAACUUUGCAGAUUAAACCCACUUCAACUGUUCAACUGACUUUGAGACACUGACUUUGGAGUGUCUUUGCAAAAACCCACCACACCAUAUGUAAAUAUCAAUGACACCUCAGUGCUACAGGAGAUUUUUUUUAUUAGAAGUAUUAUGUUCAUUUUAUGAGAGACAUUAAGCAGGACAGAGUGCAUGAGAUGAGGCAGGAUAUAAUCUACAACUCUUCUUUAUGUGGUAUGUAAAAAGGAGAAAAUAUCUGCUGAGGUAGAUAUUUUGCCACGUUCACGUUCUCACCGGUAUGUUGCAAUUUACUGGUUGUUUGGACCCUGUUCUGCUUCCUAUGCUGUGUUAGGUUUAUUGAUGACCCCCCUUUCCUAAUACCAGCCUCCAUUUCAUGUGGCCAUUUAAUUAAUGGAAAAGACAGUAAUGACUUUCCUGGGGAUUGGUGGAGGAGAAGAUGGAGGGUGAUGAAUGCCACAUUGAAUUGAUUACAAAAACAGAGAGACUGCGAGGCCUUGAGAGAGAGAGAGAGAGAGAGAGAGAGAGAGAGAGAGAGAGAGAGAGAGAGAGAGAGAGAGAGAGAGAGAGAGAUUGAGAUUUAUAUGCCUUGCUGAGGGAAAUGCCAUUCGAGCAUUUUUGUGUUGAGGGUCUGUGUGUGAUUCUUUCACAUUCUGCAUUGGAUUCUGUACAGGAUUUUCUGUCUGUUUGUGUUACGCACAUUGCUUGUAGAACAUUUUCAACUUUUAUUGAUGGUUUUUCAGAAAAUUGUCUUUAUCAGAUUCUUGGUAAAGGCACAGUCAUUGUCAGUGUAAAAUUCACUUUUCACCUAAAUGUGUGACGUCUAAUGAAAAACUCAAGAAUGUGGACCUGUUCUAUCUUAAUACCUUUACUAGGAAAUGGAAAAUCAUUUGCCGUGUUAUACAGUAGCCGAUCACAUGCAGACAUGCUUUGUUGUCGUCCAACCGUGCCUUGCUAUGAUGGAUAUAGUUUGAUUUCUUUAACACACUGAUGGUCUUUUUGGAUGAAAAACUUUCAUGCCAUAAAAUAGCAUCUUCACAUGACUGCUACUGAGCCCGAAUAAUGACUCAGUCAGCUGAUUUGUAGACAAGUGCAUUAACUCCUUAAUGCAUUAUGGGCAUUAUAUAUAUGUUUGCUUGGGGACAUAAAAUGCGAAAUCGCACAAGUGGGCAAACUCUAAUCCUGAGUAAUCGUUUUUGCAGUACUUUUUAGAUGUGGUGCUUUAAUGACAUCCCGGCGAUACAUCCAAUAAGCUCCCCCACCCCUUACGCUUGUGUUAAAGAGACAGACUUAGCACAAAUACUACAUACGCUGCAGCAGCAUUGAGUAUCUAUGACCAAGCAAGUGGAAGAAAUGUCAGAAAUAAACCUCCAAAUACCGCAGAGCUGCAGACAAAGAUAAGACUGCCAACUGUCACCUCAUUGUGGACAAUUUAUGGUGGGUGUGUGAGUAAAGAGCUAGCUGUGCCUAGCUAUAAAGAUUGGGCGGACGGCGGGUGACGGAUCCAAGCAGAGGCUGGGAAACAAAGGAGGCAGGCAAAAAAGGGAGGAGUAAAUGAGAGAGAGGAACCGAGCAGCGGAUAAAGCUGCAGCCAGGACCAUGAGCUGCACUCUUGUGACUGCAUCUUAUGAUUCGCUGCCUGCUCAGCUGAGUCCCCAUCGUGUAAGAGAUCAACACUUUAAUCGGAGGCUUUCAUCUCCACACGGCUUGGGAACCUUCACCUUAUCAGCUGUGCCUCGUCGUCCGUCAGGUCUGCCUGGAUAUACACUUUCUUCACCCCAUGAGCCAAACAACCUCCUCAACCAUCUUCAUCAUCAUCCUCAUCAGCGUCUCUCCCAGUCACUAGGUUCCAAAGCCUCGCUGGCGCCCCCUGUGCCUCAGGCAGAUCCUGCCCCACCAUGCUGCCAAGCUGUGGGCAUUGUGCCACUACUACGCCUGGCACUAAUCAUCUUCAGCUGCCUCUUCUGGGCUGCCGGGUUGGCCAUCUUCACUCUAGGAGUCUGGGCAAAAGUGUCCCUGGCUGACUACAUGCUGCUUUCAUCUAACAACUAUCCCAAUGCUCCAAUCAUACUCCUAUUUACUGGGGCUGCUAUCAGUGCCUGGGGUUUCCUGGGUUGUCUAAGUGUGGCAGCCAACUUGCCCUGCUUUCUUCGCACCUUUGGAUUCUUCCAGCUUGCUGUGCUGAUGGGGGGAUUGGCCGCUGGACUUUCAGGACUCUUCUACAGGGAAGACAUCGCUGGAGGUUUCCGCAGCGGGCUACAGAGGGCAGUGGAGGGCUAUGGAGAAGAUGAAGGACGUUCUGACGCUCUGGACAGCCUUCAGAGGGCACUGAAGUGCUGCGGGGCAGAUGGCUGGCAUGACUGGCUCCUGUCUGACUGGGCUGUACAAGAUGCUGUUUCACUGACAAGAAUCUCAGACAAUGACACGAAUCACGUGUCUGUACCAGACAGUUGUUGCAUACGGCGCAAAGGCUGUCAUAACAGGCCCCUGCCUGAAAGUGGAACUGGUAGCACUGAACGUGCGGGGAUUCAUACACACGGAUGCUUCAAGAAAGUCUUUAGUUUUGUCAAUGAUAAUGUUUUUCACAUUGCUGCUGCUGUCCUAGCGCUUGCUUUUACCCAGGUGGCAGGUAUAAUUCUGGCAUGCUUGCUCGCCAACCGCCUGUCUUCUCAGCCUCAUAGACGAGGCCGCUAAGUUAUUCCAGUGCUUCUCCAACAGUGUGGCUCAUUAUGGUGCAUCUAAACCCAGGGCUGUCAAUAAACUGACCUGUUUUUCUCCAUCACAUUACCUGAAAAGUAGGUUCCAGUUUCUUUGGACAAUGAUGAAAAAAAUUUAAAUAAAAGCAAAAUCACAAAUCUAUUUGUACACUAUACUGUAUAUGUGAAGGUACUAGGUGUUUAGUUCUGCUGUUGUGAUAUAUAAUAUAUAAUACACUAUAUCUAUAUAUAAUGCAUCUAUUAUAGACAGCAUACCUAGUGAAUAAAAGCCUUUUCAUGUCAUGAGAAAUAAGUUUAAUUACAAACUCAAAAAAUGUAAAUAAUCUUUUCAGAAUUUAGCCAAGUAGCCGGUUUAAAUGUUUUUAAGCUUUACUACAAUGUCCCAGCUUAGGUUGCAUGUCACCUGGGCAAAUUUCAGCAUGGGUAUUUAAAUACAAAACGGCUUGCAUGGCAACGAAAAUAUCGAUAGUGUGGAAUAAUAGUAGGUAAUUUGGCCAACCUGGUAGAAAGGAAAAUCGUUAUAAAUUAAACCAGAGUAAGGUUAAAUGGUGUACAAAAUUGGACAAGAUCGAUGUGAGGAUAAAAAAGUACUGUACAUUCUCUGAAACCCACUGUUAUCUACACUGCAUAAGAGUUUUGUAAUCUAAACCCAAAAGUGGUCCAACAGACAUAUUUUGAGGACAAUUUUAACAUAGACAUUUUAACUUAAUCAACAUGUCAAGUUAUACCAUGCUAUUUUGCAGAUUUUUAUGCCAUUUGUAGAUUUUAAUCUGUAUGCAUUAUAAAUAUUCCUGUUAUGUUCUCUCAGUUGUCUUUGUGGAUUAAUGUAAGUAGACCCCACAUACUGUAUUGUAUAUAAAAGCUAUUUCUGGUCUAAUAUCUGCAGAACACAUUAGACAUUAUGGUUAAUAUACCUAAUAAAAGGGGGAUGGGGUUUUAGAAAAUUACAGAUUUUAAAAUAUUAGAAGAUUCAUAUGUACGUUUAUUCAUUGUUGUGUGAAAAUUGCCAACGUAAUAUACUCUGCUUUGACUUGUAGUUUUAUAGGACUAUAAAAUAUACAGCUAAAGGUGUAAAUCCCUAAAGUUACUAAUGAUGCUAAUGAUUCUUCUUAGUUUGAAUGCAUUUGUGGUUAGAUAUAUUUCCAGGAGCAAGUCCUGAAGUUAAUAUAUAUUAAAAAAAAAUGUUAUUAUUGUACUUAUCCAUUUCCUAUGAAUACAAUAACAACUAUUUCUCUAAGCACAGUUUGGUAGAUUUGUGUAGGAUUUUAGACUUAUAGAGAAGAUAAUAUCUAAUUCCAUGAAUGUGUUACAGCCAGAUACAUUUAUAAGAGAGCAAACUAUUUCAUAUAUUGUACAUACCAUAUUGUGGUUAAUAAAUGAGAACUGUAAUGAAUGCUGUCAUGUGUUUGGCCAGCUAUAUAGAAGGAGCUUUAAACCAUACAUUUAUGGACAAGUAUGAUAAUAAAUAAAAUG